GGAGGACAGGUGUUACAAUAACAUGCUUGUAACAAGCUGGGCAUUGGGUAUUUGGGCACUGCAGAUUUGAACUCGCAUCGAUGCAAUGCCUCCCCGCUUCCCCUUGCGAGUUGGGAGUAGAGACGUAAAACCCGAUGGGGAAAAGGUGAGUGAGUGAGUGACACCACUCUCACUCUCAUUCUGCACCAGAUUAGAAUCUCAGUUCGACAGAGAUGGACAAUUUUCGUACAAGAAAAAGAGAGGCAAUGAACUCUCUCUCUGUUUUCACUCACUCUGAGAUUAUGGAAAUGGAAAAUUUAGUUAAGCAUGUCGCAAAGCAAUCACUUACUCAGGAGUUUUUCCAAGACCUUGCAACAAGUUUCAGUUGCGCUCCAAUCCGUGCUGGAAAACCUGAUGUAACAUGGGAACAGGUGCAAAGUUGGUUCCAGGACAAACAAAAAGAGCUGCAAGCCAAAAGCACUUCCUUGCCUAGUACUGUCGAGUUAUUGGUUGAUUUUUCAGAUUCAAAUGUUGCAAGAAAUGCACCUCAAGUUUCUCAGAAGCCAAAAGGUAAAUGGGUCACAGAACUUUCAGAGUUGGCAUUUGAAGCGAAAUCAUCGAAAGAUGAUGCAUGGUACGAUGUUGCUACAUUCCUCUCAUACAGAGUAGUCAGUUCAGGAGACCUUGAAGUUAUGCGAUUUUCCGGAUUUGGUAGGGAGGAAGAUGAGUGGGUGGAUGUGAGAGGUGCAGUGCGUGAGCGAUCUAUUCCUUUGGAAGCUUCUGAGUGUCCGAAGGUGAAGGUUGGGGACCUAGUGCUAUGCUUCCAGGAAAGAGAACAUCAAGCUGUAUACUGUGAUGCCGAAGUUGUGGCCAUCCACCGGGGGCUACAUGACAUGAACGGUGCCUGCAAGUGUACCUUCGUUGUUCGCUUUGACCAUGAUAGCUCCGAGGAACAUGUUGAUCUGGGGAGUUUAUGUAUCAGGCCUGCACAAAGCACCUCAACAAAUACUAAAACCCAACCGGAGCUCUUUAGAAAUAGGGACAUGAAAGUCUCCUUUCUUUAUUGAAAUGUGGCGCCAGACAAAUUACAGAUCGAUGUGUGAAUGUGCUUUUAACGAGUCAACUUAGACGGUGAUUGGUUUUUGACGGUUAUGGAAGAAUGACUCCUCAAGUAAUGUUCAUUUUUCAUAGGCAAAAUGAUUUCAGCGCGAGCAUUUUUUCCUCA